AGAGGGCCCAGAUUUUAGUAUCCACCUUAAAUUUGUCCAUUUUUCGUUUCCGAAUCAGCAAAACAACAUACUUUCUCCUCUGCAGUCUUUUUGGCUCUGCGAUUUUGUGCUGCCUUAUCCAUGGCGUCCUCCUUCAUUACUAUGGCAAAACCCCUUGCUUAUUCCAACCCAAACGUCCAGCUUUUCUCUGCCAAAAGACCCAUCGUUUUUGCUCGAAAAAAUAAUCUCAGAGUGAAUGCAAUUGCCAAGAAAUUCGAACCCACAAAGGUUAAGCCGCAAGCAGAUAGAGUCUUGAUAAGGCUAGAGCAGCUACCGGAGAAAUCUGCUGGAGGAGUGUUGCUGCCUAAAUCAGCCGUGAAGUUUGAAAGAUACCUUAUGGGAGAGGUCAUAUCCGUGGGUUCUGAGGUUGGUGAAUUGGACAGCGGAAAGAAGGUAUCUUCAUAAAGUUUAACUUCUGGAGAGAAUUCUUCUGCGGUUGUUUUGAUUAUACUGCAUUACUGAACUGGUCAUUUUUUUGGAGGGCCUAAUUUGUCUCUUUAUACAAAUUGCAGGUUAUUUUCUCCGACUUAAAUGCCUAUGAGGUGUGUAACUUUAUUCCCUUCUUACUUAAUUCUUCAGCACCCCAAGUGCCCUUAUUCUGAUCUAUACUUCCAUACCUUAGGUUUAGAAUUUUAACAAAAAGAUGGUACCUCAAUGGAAUCCAAACUAAGAUAACAUCCUCAAUAACGUCCAAUUUCUUAGUCUCACCAAUUUUUAGUGACUUUUUUUUUGGUACUACCGAUUUUUAGUGACUUUGAAUUCUUACAUUUCAAUGCUGGUGAAAAGCGAGAAAUAGUGCAAUAUGAAGAAUCUUUAGCUCGCCAGGGACUUAAAAAUAUAAACAGUUGGAGUUUUAAUUGAGUUGAGGAUGGCAUUAACUUUGGCUUUAACAAGGAUAUAUAAUUUGGGCUAUCUAACGAUUUUAAGAUGCAGUAGAAGAGCUUAUAUUUUCAUCAUAUGAUGUUACUUUGAUUCAUUGGUCUUUAAGUAUCCAUACUGUGGUUAAUCUCUCAGGUGGACUUGGGAACAGAAGCUAAACACUGCUUUUGCAAGUUCAGCGACUUGCUUGCUGUGGUUGAAUAAAUUCAAGAGAGGAACCUGCAUUUUUUGUCAACCACAAUUCAGUUGGUGAACGUACCAACAAUUUUUUGGCUGCGCAACUCGUUAUGUAAUGAAAUUGUGAAACAUUCCUUACGAUAAAUGGUUAGCAGUAAUGCAUAUGUGAUGCCAUUGUACUUCUUACUAUGUGGUGAUCAGUUUAGUUACACAUUCAAUGGCUUACUGUGCGAGUUUUGGCUGAUUUUCACUUUAUAGUGGUCAGACUGAAGGAGUUUUAAUGGCAAUGUUAUGUAAUUUUAUAUUAAAAAAACCUGUCGAAGCAUGCAUUAAGGUUGGUACACGAUGAUGCACCUAAUAUUUAUCGAUCACAUAAUGAGACAAUGGCAACGGACG